AGGGGUAUUUAUACCCCACAAGGGAACUUGCUGCUCUGCAGUUAGAAGAGAGCAGUUUAAGCCCAGAAGAAGAGAUAGAAUUAGAAGAACAAGCAGCAAAUUAUGAAGAAAAUAGAUACAGGCCACUGGAAUAUAAGAACCCAGUGCCCUAUGCUGUGGGACAGGGAGCUGCUACUACCCCCCCACCUUAUUCAAUGCAGCCAUCUUGCUCACUCCUUUCAAAAACUGUGAGGAGAAAGUUAGGCAUGGCCUUCCCAAUCUUUGAAGCACCCAUAGAAGGGCAAGAAGGCAUGGGACGGAUCUAUGCACCUAUAGAAUAUAAUCAAAUAAAAGAAUUGGCUGAAGCAGUAAGAAAAUAUGGAGUGAAUGCAAAUUUUACUUUAGCACAGCUAGACAGACUGGCAAGAGAUUCUAUGACGCCUACUGACUGGCAAACUAUUGCAAAGGCUACGCUUAAUAGCAUGGGCCAAUUUUUAGAGUGGAAGGCACUAUGGUAUGAGGCUGCACAAGAGCAAGCCCAAAUCAAUGCAGCCUCCUUAACCCCUGAACAACAACAAUGGACAUAUGAAAUGUUAACAGGACAAGGAAGAUAUGCAAAUGAACAAAAUACUUAUGCCUGGGGAGCCUAUCAACAGGUUUCCAUGACGGCAAUUAGAGCAUGGAAAGCUUUAACUAAAAAGGGAGAAGGAGCAACCCAGCUAACCAAAAUUAUACAGGGCCCACAGGAAUCAUUUUCAGAUUUUGUGGCCAGGAUGACCAAGGCAGCAAACAGAAUUUUUGGAGAUUCAGAAUCUGCAAUGCCUCUUAUUGAGCAAUUAGUUUUUGAACAAGCAACACAAGAAUGCCGUAAUGCCAUUGCCCCUCGAAAGGGUAAAGGAUUACAAGAUUGGUUAAGGGUAUGUAGAGAGUUAGGGGGCCCAUUAUCUAAUGCAGGGCUGGCGGCAGCUAUAAUGCAUAUUGCCAAAAAUGCUCCUCAAGGAAGAGGCAAAGGACCUUGUUAUCAAUGUGGCAAAAUGGGACAUUUUAAAAAAGACUGCAAGAGUGCAGCCCCAAAUAAUCUUACAACUAAAAUCUGCACUAGAUGCAGAAAAGGGGCACACAAGGCCGAGAACUGUAGAUCUAUAAGAGACAUUGAGGGAAAACUUUUGGUUCCCCCAAGGCCUUGGAAGAGCCCAAAACAAGAAUUUAAGCCAAAAAACGAGAUGAGGGGCCCUCAGUUCCAGGGCCCAGACAAAUAUGGAAACCCCGCCCAAACAUGCCCAUGGUCCAAAGCCCAAUUGCAGCAGCGAUUCGGGGACCGAUUUCAGGAAAUCAUCUCCCCCACGGAGGAAUGGGAAGAUUGGACGUGUACGCCACCUCCAAUGUCCUAUUAGAUCCAGAUCAAGGACCCCAACCUGUUCCCGCGCAGGUCUUAA